AUGGAAUCAUCUGGCAAGGGUGGAAAGGGUGGAAAAGGAGGCUCCACUUCAAUGGAAUCAUCUGGCAAGGGUGGAAAGGGUGGAAAAGGAGGCUCUACUUCAAUGGAAUCAUCUGGCAAGGGUGGCAAGGGUGGAAAAGGAGACUCCACUUCCAUGGAAUCUUCUGGCAAGGGUGGAAAGGGUGGCAAGGGUGGAAAAGGAGGCUCUACUUCAAUGGACUCCUCAGGCAAGGGCGGAAAGGGUGGAAAAGGAGACUCCACUUCCAUGGAAUCUUCUGGCAAGGGUGGAAAGGGUGGCAAGGGUGGAAAAGGAGGCUCCACUUCAAUGGACUCCUCAGGCAAGGGUGGAAAGGGUGGAAAAGGAGGCUCCACUUCAAUGGACUCCUCAGGCAAGGGUGGAAAGGGUGGAAAAGGAGGCUCCAAGGGCUCAACGGACUCUUCGGGCAAGGGUGGAAAAGGAGGCAAAGGAAGCAAGAAGAUGGGCAAGGGUGGCAAGGGAGGCAAGGGAAGCAAGAAGACCCAUGUCAUUGAUGACUUUGAAGACAUGGUCUUCGGCUCCAUGAGCAUGUAA